AAACCCUUUGAAUGUCCUAUUUGUGGGAAAAGUUUUAGUCGCAAUUCCUACCUGGUAAUACACCAGAGGAUUCACACAGAAGAUAAGCCCUUUGAAUGCCCUAUUUGUGGGAAAAGUUUUAGUCGCAAUUCUUACCUGGUAAUACACCAGAGGAUUCACACAGGAGAAAAACCCUUUGAAUGUCCUAAUUGUGGGAAAUUUUUCAUUACAAAUUUCAGCCUCAUGAGACACCAGAGAACUCACACAGGAGAGAAACCCUAUGAAUGUCCUGACUGUGGAAAAGGUUUUAGUGUUAAUUCCACCCUGGUGAAACACCAGAGGACACACACAGGAGAGAAACCCUUUGAAUGUCCUGAUUGUGGGAAAAGUUUCAGUCAGAAUUCCACCCUGGUGAAACACCAGAGGACUCAUACAGGAGAGAAACCCUUUGAUUGUCCUGACUGUGGGAAAAGUUUCAGUCGGAAUUCCUACCUGGUAAUACACCAGAGGAUUCACACAGGAGAGAAACCCUUUGAAUGUCCUGACUGUGGAAAAGGUUUUAGUGAUAAUUCCAGCCUGGUGAAACACCAGAGGACUCACACAGGAGAGAGACACUUUAAAUGUCCUGACUGUAGAAAAGGCUUUGGUCAGAAUUCUGACCUCAUGAGACACCAGAGGACUCACACCAGAGAUUAA